AUGGUGGGUCCAGGAACUCUUUUCUUUUCUUCCACAGGAAUCUUUUUGCACAUCUGGAAAAAUCCACCCCAUUACGACACGUACAAAUUGCUGAUCGACAAGCGCCAGUUGCUGACAUACCUGGAAGCAGCCGCCAACGAGUUGAAGAAAAUAGUCGCUCUACCGUGCUACAAUUUGACGCCAUCACCAAGUCCUCCACCGUCCUUGUGCUCCCCGUCAUCCCCAACUCCAUCCUCGAAACGUUUCCGGUGGUCCCUGGAUCUGAACCGUGACCUCAUGUUCUGCUAUUACGUCGUUACCGGAGGAGGUCAGAACACCAUCGGCUACCGAAGUCGUCUCCAGGACCUCUGGUGUUCACGACAGACCUCGUACGGACACCUCACCGAACAGAACCUGCUGAGUCAACUGCGGCGGAUUCAACGGGAUCACCUGCUGCCGGAAGAUGUCCUGCGGAAGGUGCGCACCGAGGCUAACGAGUACGAGUUCGACUAUCACUGUUCCAGGUCACGGCCGCUGAAGAUCUCCGACAAGAAUCGAAAGGUUUUCCGCAAAAUGGCGAAAAACUACAGCCGCAUGAAGGAACUUCACUCGAUCAACCGAGCCCUCAGCUAUGUGAACUCGGUUGUAGACAUGAAGUUCUGUGCCAGUCGCGAAAUUGACGUGCUAGCCAUGAAGCGGGUCGUGCAAGUUCUAGGUGAAACCAUCCGAAGUAGUAGAGAUAUGCCCAACAUUGGGCGCCAUUUGACUAGCUUUCUCAGCAUUUUGAUUCCGAGGUACUUUCUAAGCGAUACCAAAGUACGUCACUAUCUGUCGCACUGCCGUAGAGAUUUCUCCUCCUUGCUGGAAACAAUGGACGAAGAGGUCGACUACGCCGAGCUGCAUCGUAAUCUUAAAAUUUUGAGAAAUCUUCUCUUGUACAUACAAAACUUGGGCUACAUAUUAGCGAUCAAAACCCUAAUGAACCGUCUGUAUGAUAGUAAAUGUUUAGAGGAAAUCAAAUCGUACUACGCUUACAUUUUCCGCAACAACUCGACGGAUCUUCUCAAAGAUUUAGAAUUUGCACCGUUCCUACUGCUGGAAAUUGACACGAUCAUAGACUCGAUCGCACAGCAUCUGCCCACCACCAAGCUAAGCGAUCGUUUCGAAAAGAUCAAACUCAGCAUCAGAAAGGAAAUUGACAGCUACAAAUCUCUUCACAAUCAUUUCACCAACGCAAUCCUACUGUUUGACUGUAUCGUAUCCAAAAUCAAAUCCAAUCACAAUCAUGAUAAAAUCAAACACCUCUUUCGAUCACAUCUGCGAGUUUUCCAACUCGACAGAAAAAUCAAUACCCUCUUCCUUAACCGACUCAAAUCCAACCUUCUUACAUUUCUGCACGAAGAUCUUCCGUCGAUCAACGACGAUCAGAUUGAAUCAAGAAUAAUCCUUCUCGUUACUCGCAUUCAGCAUGCCAUUGAUACACAUCAAACAAACCUCCCCAAACCCGCAACAGACAAUUCAAGAAUAUCCUUCUUUCCCUCAGUAGAUGACAUCACGGAUCUUAUCAAUCGACUCGAAAAACGUACAGGUCGAUCAUUAACCACACUAGCUCAAGAUCCACUGUUUCAAAAAGCGAAAGAUUACCCCGAAAAACGGUACGACCUCCUACGACAGUGUCUGCAAAAGCACAAAAUUGCCAUAGAUUCAAUCAUCCUACAAGAUCUCAAGCAGGAAGACCAAAAACUGAUCGAUGCAAAGAUAUCCCAAAUGCAAGCGCUAUUCAUGGACCAAAACAUGAAUCUGCGAGCAUUCGAUCGGACAGAGGAGAUCGCGUUCGAGAUGCUGAUGCUCGAAGCGACCUGGGCACUGUCCUCAAAGUUGCUAAACAACGCCGAAAGCAUAUCUGGUUACGUCCCCGUCCUAACCGGUCGUAACAUGAGAAACUAUCUGGCCCAUGGAGGACUAACGUACGAAGUGCUCAUCCCCAAUACCAGCUCGAAAACGAUUCUUCAAAACGCGCUCAGCGUUAUGAAACUCUCGAAGAACAUCAUCUCCGAGAUCUACGAGCGCCACAGCUGGAGCUUUGCAGAUCGCUUGGAGUGUCUUCAACGUCAGAGCGAUACGCUGGAGGGGUUUCGGAUACAAAGCUGCGUUGAAAUACUGGACACCAUAAAGGCGGAGCAAUACUUGAUCGGACAGGAUCAUCUGCACCGGGGAGUUGUGGAUCGGCUGGUUCAAACGCAGAGUUGCCUACUGUUGGGACACUUGCUCGACCUACGCAACGUUGACGAGCUGCUGAAGAUUCUCUCCCAUCUCAUGGAGGACGUUAAAGUCAUUCCCUGCAACGUCAAGUUCCACGAUCUGCUGACGAACCUGACCGCGAGAAUACGCUUUUGCUUCAACCUUGCCUUGCUCACCAACGAAGAGGACGUACUGCUGAAAAUUGCGUCCGACUUUGGUUACGACCAGAUCGAAGCGAUCCCGAUGAUCUUCACGUUCGACAAGCUUUUCACAAGCUUCCUGGAGAAUCACCCGGAUUACGACGUGAAUACCGAAUCGAACGCAGAAGUCCUACAUUACGCGGUACUGUCGGGGAAUGUCGAACUACUGAACCUGCUGCUGGAUCAAUGCGAAGAUCUGAACCAACAGGACGCCUACAGUCAAACACCGCUCGAUGUGGCAUGCAAGCUAAGUAACGUAGACAUGAUCAAAUCGCUUACCAAUGCCGGUGCGAAAUGGUACUCGAAAAAUGCCAGUCAGUACACGUGGUUGUUUUUGAACAAUGAUCACGAAGCGAUCAUAUUUUUAAAGAACAAUGACUUGCUUGACGAGAAAAUUGCAAAGAGUUGUAUCAAUCUGUUUCUGCAGUACUGUGAAGAUGAUAAGGAAGAAAUGGUGGAGUUUAUGCUAAAUUAUGUAGAAUACACAAGUCUUUACCCUUUAGCUGCGCGGCAUCGAAGGCUUCACGCACUGAAUUACAUGAUCGCCAAUGAUCCAAGGGUGAAGACCAACAUCAACCGGAAAGAUUCGUUUGGUCAGACCGCGCUGCAGAUAUCUUGUCACAGGGGGUACCGGGAGAUUGCCGUGCUUUUGCUGAAUCACAGCGGUAAUCCAAACCUACAGGACGUGGCAGGAAACACUUGCCUUCACUUAGCAAUCGAAAAUGGUGAUACCAAGAUUGUUCGUUUGCUUUUAAAGCAUCACGUGAAAGUUGAGACAAAAAAUCUGCUGGGAAAAACUUCGCUCGAUCUUGCCGUCGAGUUGGGAAAUCUUAGUAUAGUCCGAAUGCUUCUAAAACACAAACGAUCGCUGAAAGCUGUCCAGAUUCCGGAGUGUCUGCACUCCUUGGAGAUUAUGUAUCUGCUGAAAAAGGCAAAUUUACAGUACAAAUUAGAAGCUGAAGACUGUUUGACACCACUGCACAUUGCCAGCGAUGAAGGACGAAUACGAGUCCUGUUGAACUUCUUUGAAGUUGAUACGCAAACUUCCAAGUAUUUAGACACUCCUUUGCAUAUAGCCUGUCUAACCAAUCAAACCGACGCGGUGCGUGUUUUGUUGAAGUAUGGAGCCAACCACAAUCUGCUGAACUCCAACGGCUUAUCGCCGCUUCAUUUCGCUGUGAUUAAUCAGAACACAGAUAUGGUCCGAAUGCUCACUUGUCACAGUAAUCUCCUCGAUCCGAGACACGUCAAUUCAGCUAUGACAAUCUCAAUUCAAAAAGGAUAUCUGGAGAUUGCCGAUAUCCUUCUGAACUGUGGUGCAGAUAUAUCAUUGAUUGCUGAAUCAAUAGCUCCACAGCAAUAUCUGCUUCAUGCUGCUGCACGCUCUGGUUUUGUAAGCAUUCUACGCUACCUGCUUCAAGGGCAUACCUUGAACGUCAACGGGCCAGAUUCGACCGGAUCAACUCCACUCUUCCACGCGGUGACCAGCGCAGACAUUCAAACAGUUGAACUCCUUCUACAGCACGGUGCUGACGUUGAACACACGAACAAGUCAGGUCAGAACGUAAUUUCUACAGCAGCGAUGUUCGAUCGACUGGACAUCAUUCGCUACCUGAUCAACAACUUCCCAAACAUAACCCCGUUCAUCCUAGCUCCGUACGUAGCACAGAACCGUUGCCUUCACAUUGCUGUUCUGAAGGGAUCCCUCGAGAUGGUUCACUAUUUUAUCAAACUGCACAAAGACAACAACUUCCAUCUGAACCAUCGCAACCAGGAAGGCUUCACGGCGCUUCACAUCAGUGCCCAAACCGGAAGCGUACGGAUAUUCCAACUCCUGCUGGACAGCGGUGCCGAUCCGAGCAUCCCUCUCACCAACAAACAGUCCAUUCUGCACACGGCAGUCUCGAACAAUAAUCUCGCCAUUGCGAGGAUCUUGCUUACGCGAGCGUUGAUCGACGUGAAUGCGCUGGACGAUGACCGGCGAACGAUUCUGCACUAUUCUGUGUACUCGCGCAAUCCCAGCGCCGUACGAGAGCUGCUCAAGAUCCGGGGCCUGCACAUCAAUGGCCAAGAUCGGCUGGGCAAUAGUGCGUUGCACUUGGCCGCAGAACAUCAGUACGUUGAUAUUUACAACUUGUUGCAGAAGCGAAUCGAUAACAGUCUGAUGAAUCAGGACGGGAAACGUGCAAUCGACAUCUUGUUGAGAAAGUAGGAAAUCUGAAUCGAUGUCUUAAAAAUGCCGUUGUAUUUAAUCCAUCUUACAGAUAGAGUAGAAAUUUGGUUCUUGCAACCAAGUGUCGUCGUGUGAUUUCAUGUACAUUUGAUAACAAAACAAAAAUUAGAUGUAAUUAAGAAAUAUUAACCAGUAGUUUAAAAGAUUUUAUCCGUAACAUCUGCUACAGCAUUUGAAAGCUGAUAUGUUACACCUAACAAAAGUUAAGAUUAGUGGAAAGAAUGGUGCGAUCUGUACAGAAAAUGUUUUAAUCAUGUUUAAAACUGGAUAAAGAAGUCAUAAAUAUCCAAAACAAUCAAUGUCCAAUUACAAUCAAUCAUUUGGUGACUAAUUUGAUUACAAUUUUCGAAAAUCAGACAAAAUUAAUUCCAGUAUUUAUGAUAAUCAAACCUCGCAUACAAUUUUCGUAAACUCAACACGUUGAAAUGAAAAUUGCACUUAAAUAGUGCAUAUAACCAAGGGUGUCAAUCUCAAAAACAAGUGCUAGUGUUAAUAUAUUUAAAGAAAAAUGUAUACUUUGAAAAGAUGAAUAAAUCUUCGAAUUCCAAAUAUUUCCAGUUUCUCAAAUAUGCCCGCAGUCCUUCAACUCACUGGAAGGAGCGACAUCUGCCACUCGAUAAGGCGCAAUAGUAUAUAAGACAAACAAUAGCUAUUCAUAUGGGUGUAUUCACAGGAAAGAAUACACACACAUAUUAAUAGAACCGGAAGCAUUAUAACAAUACACAUACAAUAAUAAAACAAUUUUCAACGGGCAAAUACAAACAAUUGGAAAAUCGUGCAACACUACAAACCUAAGUUAAACAUUUCAGUUCAAAAUUACCGACAGAUGAACCAAACAUGGUCCGAAGUUUCCGCAACUCCGGAGCAUGAUAAGAAUACUGCAAAACUGAAACUACCAUAAGUUUACAAGUACAACAUUUUCGUUACUCAAAACUGCAAUAAACAAAUAUAUGUAAACUCAACAGAUUUAUAUAUAACCACAAUACAACCACAGAGAAAAAAAAACUUAUAUUGAAUGGCAGAUGCCGCACGCGUGGUUCACAACAUUAAAUGUCCAAUAGAAGCACAGUUGCGCAACUUCAAAACAGCCUAUAAGAAGUUUGGUGUCUUGAAAGGACACCACCCGACUUGCUGGAGAAAAUCGUCAAAAUGAAAUAAACAACUUAAAGUAUCUCAACCAUCAAAGUGAAAUGCUAGUCAAUCAAAGAACUAUUACAAAAAAAAAUCAUACUGAAACAUAAUUUUUACGUUCUCAAAUUCGAUUAUAGUUGAUGGCAUAAUGGCUGAUAACCCUGCAAUGCCGUCAACGUUAAACGAUAGGCCAUUACGUCUUUAGGAAUA